AUGUUGAUGAAUAUGCCUAGCUCCUCUAUCAAGAACUCCUCAUAUGGCCCACCUACCGUGGACCAAGAUCUUUUGGUCUUGAAUGUUGACUCCUGGCCAGUAAAAGAUUCAGCAUUGAUUGCCUUCGGGAACACUAACAUCAAAAGGCUGGUUACUUGGUUUGAUCCAGUGCCAAGGGCAGCGGGAUGCCAAUUCCAGGAUGUUAUCAACCAGUGGCACUCUCUGAAGAUUUCUGUCAAUGCUCAUUUCUAUAACAAGGCCUACUGCAGCUUGUGGAGAAUGUUACUCUUCAAAGAUCCAUAUAAAACUGACCUUACAGACACUUUUCAUCUUGUUGAGAUUCUCCUUGUCCUGCGCGCCAUAUCGGCUGUUUGUUGUGAAAGAAUGUUCUCUGCUCAGAACAGAAUUAAAAGUAGCCUCUGA